AUGGACGGCUCCAUCCCGAAAGAAAUCGUCGCGGUCCUCCCGGAGGACCCGACGGACCAGCUCGAGCUCGCGCAUCGCAUCGCGAACCUCGCGUUCGUGGGCAAGGUCCAGGAGCUCGAGCGCGAGUGCGCGACGCUGCAGUCGCAGGCGCUCGAUCGCGCGUCGAAGAUCAAAUCGCUGGAGCGUAAGCUCGCCGCGGCGACCGAGGAGCUGGACGACGCGCGGGAGAAGGCGGCGAGCGCGAUCGAGGAGCAGAGCAAGCUCGCGCAGGAGAAGAACGCGCUGAUCAACACGGUGAAGAAGUUGAACCGCGACAACGCGAAGCUCGACGCGUUCAAGCGCAACCUGAUGCAAACCUUGCAGGACGAGGAGGACGACGGCGGCGCGCCCGUCGCGACGACCGCGGGCGACGCCGCGGGCGAUCGCCUGGUGCACUCCGUCCUGAGCAGCGCGAACAAAGGGACGUCGUCGUCGACGUUUAGAGAGACGACCGUCGCGCGUUCGCACUCGCACUCGGCGACGACGCAUCACCAAGUAAGACACGCGGGGGGGGAGAGGUCCCCGCCGCGCGGGGGCUCGAGAGGCGUCGCGGCGGCGGGCGCGGGCGCGGCGUCGCCGGCGCCGUCGUCGGGCGGCGGCGAAACCUGGGGGGACCAGGGAGAGGGAGAAGGCGGGAAGGUGGACGGGAAGGAAUUCUUCCGGCAAGCGCGCGCGCGCUUAUCGUACGAGAACUUCUCGCAGUUCCUCUCGAACAUCAAGGAGCUCAACGCGCACAAGCAGACGAGGACGGAGACGCUCGAGCGCGCCAAGGGGGACUCGCGGCGCGCUCGAGACGCGACGACGGCCGAGAGCGCGUCCUCCGCGCCGUCGACGAAGUUCGUCCGCCGCGGCGGCGGCCGCGGCGGCGGCCGCGGCGGCGGCCGCGGCCGCGGAGGCGACGGCGGCGGAAGAGGCGGAGGCGGCGACCGAGGGGGCGCCGCCGCGUCCGCGGGGCGCGGCGGGCGCAUCCAAGGCGACCUCGUCGCGUGCACGCACCCUCAAGACAUCCUGAGCAUCGUGUGCGACAGCGGCGACUCUUUCGACGCGAUCCACACCGCGACCGCGAUCCACAGGCUCGCGACGCACGGCAAGUGGGGAUCGACCCGCGGCGAGCCCCCCGACGAGCUCCUGCGAGAUCCGCGAUUCGCGCAGCUCAUGUCCCUCGUCGAGGCGAACCUCGCGCGGAUGAACUCGCAGGGGCUCGCGAACGUCGCGUGGGCGUGCGCGCGGCUCAAUCACGAUCCGGGGGAGGACGUCCUCGCCGCGAUCGCCGGCGGGAUCGAACGCGAGCUCGCCGCGGCGUCGUCCGUCGGCGGAGUCGGCGGCGGGAACGGGGGCGCUCGAGGAGGAAAGCACUCGCACGGAGGGCACUCCUCCCGCGGCGGCGUCCGACCGCAGGCGGUGUCGAACACGCUCUGGGCGUUCGGGCAGCUGAAGUACAAGCCCGACGUGGUCGUGCUCGCGUCGGUAACGCAUCACGCGCAGCCGUUACUACGAAACUUCCGCGCGCAAGAGCUCGCCAACACGCUCCUCGGUCUCGUCGAACUGGAGCACGACCCCGGCGCGGAUUUCAUGCAGGCGACGUACGCUUCCGCGAGGGACAACCUAAGACAGUUCGAAGGCCAGGAGACGUCUAACCUCCUGUGGUGCUGCGCGCGGUUGAACCGCCCGCCGCCGUUGGAGCUGACGACGUCGCUGCUCGAGCAGUGCGCGGCGCAGAACCUCGGCGGGAUGGCGUCGGCGCUGAAUCUCUCGCAGGCGCGUUCUGUCAUCUCACACCGGUCCCCAUACGACCGCGUCGGCGUGGUGAACGCCGUUCCUUGA